GGCCAAGCUGCGUGGCCAAGCCGAUCUUCCCUCUCCCACCCAGCCAGCCAGCUGCCAGCCCAGUCGUCUUUCUCGGCACUUGGCCUAGCUGCACACUCGGUAUGUUAGUACAAGGCAAGUUUCUAGCUGGGCUGGCCAGGCUGUGUGGGGGGCGGCCUCACUUUGGCCGAUUUACAGUGCCACACCCCUCCCCCUCCCCCCUCCCCCUGGUCCCUCCAACGUCUCCUGAUGCACAUGAUGUCUGUGAAGUCAUCUUGUCUGGUUCCAGUUCCCACCUUUUUACCUCGUCUGUUGCAUGUGGCCGUGCCCAGCAUGAGGUAACGAGUCCUUCUGUAGGCCUUUGUCUUAAAUUCUGUGACACCCCUCCCAAGCUGGCUGAAUCCGUCCUUCCCGCCCACUCCGGUAUAGAUAUAACCUUCAAAUAUCUCCACCCAACUCAAGCAAAACCUUACUCUAGAAAAGAAAAAGACAAUUACAAACUCGCCCAACAUGGCAGCCGGCGCGGGUCUCUGCCUCAAACUCCUACAAUGGUUCAACCGGGGCGUGCAGUUCUGCUGCGCGGGCCUCAUCCUCGCCCUCAACUCAUAUUUCAUGGCCGCCAUGUCCAACCACAAGUUCACCAUCCCCACCAAUGUCCGCGCCGUUGAGGGCAUCUCCGGGGUUGCCGUCCUCUACACCGCCGCCGGCCUGCUGCUGCUCUGCUGCCUCGCCGGCUUCACCCUGACCUCCUUCAUCGCCAUCGUCCUCGACGUUGCCUUCCUCGCCGCCUUCAUCUACAUCGCAACCGUCUACCGGGACGGCGCCAGCUCCUGCUCCGGCUCCGACGUCAGGACCGUCUUCGGCACCGGCGAUGCCAAUGCCGACAUCCAGUCCCCCGAGGACGGCGGCGUGCCCCUGGCAAAGUACAUGACCAUCUGCCGCAUGCAGUCGGCCAUCCUGGCAGUGGCUAUUGUCGCCAUCGUCUUCUUCGUCGUCUCGGCCCUGACGGAGCUCGCCCUGGGCCGCCACCGCAAGAAGGAGCAGCGCUUCGGGCCCUCGCCCGCCAACAACUACACCUCGGGCUACGGGUCCCGCCCCAAGCGCGGGCUCUUCGGCCUGCGCCGCAACAAGCGUGCCGACACGGACAACCUCGCCGACCCCAACGCCCUGCCCAUGCACACCAGCCCGGACCAGGUCCGCACCAGCUACAACACCGAGGCCACCCGCGUCGGCGACGGCAGCUCCUACAACAAGUACGGCGACGCCGGCUACAACGAGCACGGCAUGCCCGCCACCCACGCCAACACCGGCCGUUACGGCGACGGCACCUACAACGUCUAGUAGAGACGGAGGAGCCGCUGCUUUGAUGAGUCAUGAGAAAACUGAACAAAGAUCAUGCCCGCCAUUUCCGGUCUCUUGUUGCAGGGAGAACCGGCUGGGCCGAGAGCGGACGGCACCCGGAAUUGUACAUGAACGAACAACUGAUCAAGGUUUGAAUUGAUUUGGAAUUUUACGACAACGGCGUUGGAUAUACCCAAACUCCUAGGCACCUGGCCAGGAGCAAACAGAGAGGCUGAGAAAUCGCUUUUAACACCCCAAACCCAUGGUUUGAUGUCAUUCCGCCUUGGGGAUUGCGAACUUGCUUAUUUAUUAUUCUCUUUGACUUGCAUCGGCGGUGAUGCCAAACCCAAAUAUAUUUUUAAUGAACUAUUUUUUAUCUGAAAACACGGUCCCAAUUAUUAUACCAGUUGAAUGUGCAAUUAAUUAUCUGGAUUGUGCACCGCUCUUAUGAUCACUUUCAUUUGAGAUGUCACAUGUAAAAACAGCCAAGCAUCUCUUCCCGCCAAAGGGCGUCCGUCACACCACCAUCACACAGUACCCCAAUAUUUGUAGCACGGGAUCGUCAUCAGAAUUUGAUUUUAACAGCCUCCACACCUCCCUACUGAUCUCCCCCCUCCACCCGGACACUUACUCUUACAUUUACGAGGGAGCCAUGGCAACCAAC